AUGCGAUUAACUGGGAUGCAAGUGUCACUGUCCUUGACUGCCCCUGAACUAAGUGGCUUGUUGGCUCAAUCACAAGAAUGGGCCAGACCAGGUCAGGAUGGGAGGCUGCGCAAGGCGUGUCACUUCAUUGUCAACCUGCGGUACUUUGAGAUGUGCAUCCUGCUGGUGAUCGCAGCCAGCAGUGUAGCUCUGGCUGCAGAGGACCCCAUUCACAAAGAAUCCGAGAGGAAUCAGGUGCUCAGGUACUUUGACUACGUGUUCACCGGAGUCUUCACAUUCGAAAUGGUGAUAAAGAUGAUCGACAUUGGUUUGAUAUUCCAUGAAGGCUCAUAUUUUCGCGACGUUUGGAACAUUUUGGAUUUUAUUGUGGUCAGCGGGGCCCUGGUUGCAUUUGCGUUCACGAAUCUUAUCGGGGGUUCCAGUGGAAAGGACAUAAACACGAUCAAGUCCCUCCGUGUUCUGCGAGUUCUCAGGCCUCUGAAGACUAUCAAGCGGCUUCCCAAAUUGAAGGAAGAGGAUGUGUUCUCGCACGAGUAA